AUUAUAUCUUUCUGUUAUGAAAAUUUGGGGGAUAUUGCAUCUAAUUUCUGAGAGAUUUUUACUUUGCUAAUUUCCGGUGAGAUCAAGAGGUUAAUCACCCACUGAGAAAGCUUUUGCAUUUUUCUGCUAUAGUGUUAGUUUCAGCUCCAUAACUGUUGAAAGCAUUCACGGGCAAAAUUGUUCUGCUAUUUUUUUGGUAAUUUGAGACUUUAAAAAUGGAGGAGAAAGGUGGAAUGAGUCCAAGUGGGGUCAUCACAGUUAAGGGAGAUGAAACUUUGGCACCAAGAACAGAGUUUCAACAAAACCCUAGCUUUCUUCCAUCUGUGAGACCCACGACGGUGGUACCUCCUCUCCCUCCGGCUCCAGCCACUGUGACUCCUGGCUCAGCCGCUGCAGCGCCUCCGCCAUCAAUCUCUAGCGCAGGGACAGAUCUGACAAAGAAGAAGAGAGGGAGGCCGAGAAAAUACGCUCCAGAUGGUAGUCUGAACCCUAGGGCUUCGAGACCAACUCUGUCUCCGACUCCAAUCUCAUCUUCCAUUCCAUUCUCUGGAGAUUAUCAUCAUCAUUCUCAUUGGAAACGAGGAAAGGCUCAUCAGCAACCUGUUGAAUUCAUCAAGAGAUCUAACAAGUUUGAGUAUGAAAGCAGCCCAGCUCCUCCUCCUGCUGGGCUAUCAUGCUAUAUGGGUGCAAAUUUUACAACACAUCAGUUUACUGUCAAUGCUGGUGAGGAUGUAACGAUGAAAGUUAUGCCGUAUUCACAAGGUUCUCGAGCUAUAUGCAUUCUUUCUGCUACUGGUACCAUCUCCAAUGUCACACUUCGUCAACCUACCACUUCAGGAGGCACUCUUACAUAUGAGGGUCGAUUUGAGAUACUUUCUCUAUCUGGUUCCUUUAUGCCUACUGAAAACUGUGGAACCAAAGGUCGGUCCGGUGGUAUGAGCAUUUUCUUUAGCCGGACCAAUGGUAAAAUAAUCGGCGGUGGCCUUGCUGGUAUGCUCAUAGCAGCUGGUCCUGUCCAGGUGAUAAUGGGAAGUUUCAUUGUGAUGCAUCAAGCAGAACAAACACAUAAGAAGAAGCCUCGAAUCAUGGAGGCUUGUCCUCCUCCACCACAACCACAACAACAACCUCCAACUUUCACUAUCACCACUGUGAAUUCCACUUCUCCUGCGGGAACCGUAGAGGAGCCAAAACACAAAGCCUACGUG